AUGUUCCGCUCCGCGUGCCUCCUGGCCGCCGGGUCGCUCGUGCUCUACGGCGCGAGCAGCUUCGUGUCCCCGGCGCAGCCCACGGCCAUCUCGAGCGCGGCCCGCAGCCUGUCCGCGUCGGCGCUGGCCGCCACCGAAGAGGCCACGCCGGCCUCCAGCGGCAGCGCCGCGUGGAGCCCGCUGGCCAUCGGGGCAGCCCUCGGGCUGAUGGUCGCAGUGAUGGGCGGCCGGCCGGCGCUUGCGGCGGACCUCGAGAACGGCGAGAGCGUCUUCCUGGGCAACUGCGCGGCGUGCCACGCGGGCGGAAACAACAGCGUGGUGGCGGAGAAGACCCUGAGGAAGGCGGCCAUCGAGCAGUACUUGACGGGCGGCUACAACGCGGCCGCCAUCAAGACUCAGGUGACGAACGGCAAGGGCUCCAUGCCAGCGUUCGGCGACAAGCUGGGCCCCGACGACAUCGACGACGUGGCGGCCUAUGUCCUCGACCAGUCCACCAAGUGCAGCCAGUGGGCAUCGUCCGCCAGAUUCCUGACCCGAGUAGGGUGGGAGUGCACUGGCGUCUUCGGGCUGGCGACCUCGGCGUUUAUGAUUGUUCAGCAGAGCAUCCAUUUUUUUCAGCGCGGAAUUCUGUACGUAUCCCCUUCGCGCUCGCGUGUGCUAGGCUGGCGGGCUGACGUGCAGGCGGCCGUUGCCUGCGGCCAGCAUCUCGUCUGCUGGAUAAAGGUCUUCAUGCAGGAGAGCUGGGAUAAAGACAGGGCCGCUGCUUCCAUCCCGAGCCGCUUUCUGACGGUCCCGGACCCCUCUUGGGGUGCGCUCUCUGUCUCUAGACUCGACGCGGAACCAGCCGCGGUGACGGAGCCCCCAGAGGCCAAAAUCGCCGCAGCCCCGUCGGAAGCAGCCACGGGCGCCAUGUUCCGCUCCGCGUGCAUCCUGGCCGCCGGGUCGCUCGUGCUCUACGGCGCGAGCGGCUUCGUGUCCCCGGCGCAGCCCACGGCCGUCUCGAGCGCGGCCCGCAGCCUGUCCGCGUCGGCGCUGGCCGCCGCCGAGGAGGCCGCGCCGGCCUCCAGCAGCAGCGCCGCGUGGAGCCCGCUGGCCAUCGGGGCAGCCCUCGGGCUGAUGGUCGCAGUGAUGGGCGGCCGGCCGGCGCUUGCGGCGGACCUCGAGAACGGCGAGAGCGUCUUCCUGGGCAACUGCGCGGCGUGCCACGCGGGCGGAAACAACAGCGUGGUGGCGGAGAAGACCCUGAGGAAGGCGGCCAUCGAGCAGUACUUGACGGGCGGCUACAACGCGGCCGCCAUCAAGACUCAGGUGACGAACGGCAAGGGCUCCAUGCCAGCGUUCGGCGACAAGCUGGGCCCCGACGACAUCGACGACGUGGCGGCCUAUGUCCUCGACCAGUCCACCAAGUGGUGA